AAAACUAGUUCUAGAGUUCAUUUUGUCUUUUGCUUUACAUUGAAACAAUGUUUGUACGUUUUUUGUUUUAAUUUUUAAUUUUCUAUUUAUUCUACAGCUGAUUGUAAUGGACAUUUGACCAUUAUGAAUAAGCUUGAAGGCUCCGUAUUUAAAAGAGCCAAUAAACGUUUAGAUGGUAUCUAUUGAAGUAGAUAAUGUAAUACCGUGCCCGGGUUGAGAUAGGGUUGUAACAUUUUCUUUUUUGAUUUUUCCAUUGGUCAUCGAUAAUUUGUUUUAUUCUUCUUAUUUAUUUAUUUGUGUAGUUGCGUCUAUUACCUUACAUUGUGUUCAUUUUCAAAUUUGUUACCCUCAUUUUAUACAAUCUUUAUGUUGAAAAAGUUAUUAUUUUCAUAAACGGGUAUUAGAAUAGAUUUAUUCAAUAGAAAUGACUCCUCGUCGUCGACGAUUACCCAAUGGUACUGCUAACCGGAUAACUAAGGAAGAUGUUGCCGUACUCUUUAGACGAAUUAAAGGACCUGUUAGUGAUAAAUCCCUGAAUGAUCUUAUGAAUAACGAUUUUGUUCGGGAUGAUGUGAUAAAUAAUUUUUUCCAUAUUCUCAAAAUUCAUGCCCGAACCUCAAGGGGCACUAAAAAAUUUCAGUAUUUUGACCCCCUUUGGUUUGAUGUGUUCACCCGCAACCAAGGAGCUUUUCAGGAACGAAUCUCAGAAUGGAUUGAUGAGGAAGGUUUAGGUGUUAUUAAUAUGUUUCCUAUUUGUAUUAAGAAACACUGGAUUGGUGUCUAUUAUAUUUCGGGUGAAGGUACUCUUAAUCUUUUCGAUCCAUUGGUCAAUUUUCUCAAUAUAACUACCCUUCGAAGAAGUAAAGUACUUGAAUAUGUACGCUCCUUUUUUCCCGAUUAUGAACUUCAACGGACAACCGUAUUACGCCAAGAAAAUGACCGUGACUGUGGAGUAUUUUUAAUGUUGGGAACAUACAAAUUGGUUAUGAAAAGAAUUGAAUGCCCAUCUCAGAUUGAUGUAGACACGGUGCGACCUGUUAUCAAAGAAGUUCUUAUCUCUCAAAGUUUGGUUCCAUUAGAAAAAUGGUGGAGCAAUUUGAGUCAGCCAAAGCCCAUUGUUCCACCCUCAAUAAAAAGUGCUCUAAGAAGCCAAAAAGCAAUCAAAACAGAGACGAACUCAAUAAACGGAAAGUCUGAAGAUCAAGUGAAUGGUAUCAACGGCUCUGUCAAGAGAAGUAACAAAGAGGUUAAUAACGACACCACCGAAGUUUUGAAUGGGAGGAAAAAAGUGAAAAAAGACAAGAAAAAAUCUCAUUGAAGACAUGUUUUUAAAAUUAUUUUCUCGAAACAAAAGCAAGAAAAAAAAACGCAAAUCGUUUUCAUUUCACCAAAGAGUUUAUCAUGCAAUUUAUUGGACCCGAUAGAUUUUUCUAAAUAAUUUGUAUUUGUAAGAAAAUAUUGAUACAACCAAUGCAACAAAUUAUUGCAAAAAUGUGAUUUUAAAGACGAUAUUUUAGUAAAACUGGUAUCUUUAAAUUCCAAGAAACAUUACCAAACAAAAAUUGAACCAGCAUCAAACUACAUUGAACCUCAUCUUCAUCCAAGUAAAUCAUCAUUAUCAUUAAAUUAUUUUUUGCAAAUGA